AUGAAUGUGAAAGUUCCUCUAUUAGUGACAUUCUUUUGUUUUUCAUUAAAAAUCUUGGGAUUUCAAUGUUUAUUGCUAAUUGCUUUAACUUUAUUGAUAUUCCUGUUGAGUUUAAUCAUAUGCGUUUUAAGUACGACAACAAAGAAGACAAUCCAAGAGUUACUAUAUACAAAUCCUUUAUCUGAUAGCAAGCGAAUUUUAGGAUUGAAAUGUACAAGUCCUUCUGAGACAUUAAACCCGAGAAAAAAUGAUUCCCAAAAUGUAAAUUAUUUAAGGCCACUUAGUGGAAAAUCUGAAAUAGAUGAUGUACUUCAUAGAAUAUUAGACUUGGUUUUUAGAGAUUUUAUCGACAGCUGGUAUAACGUUAUUUCUGAAAAUAAGGAGUUUUCAAAUGAAAUUCGCUUGCUGACUGAAGAUUGCUUAAUUAAUUUGAUUAAACGAGUGAAACAAGCACCGUUAAUGACAACUAUUACUACCACAAUGCUAGAUGACAUUGCAGCACAUUCAAAAGCAUAUCAAGAUGCUAUGAAAAUGAUGAAAGAAUCUCAAAAAGGACCAAAAAAUUUAAAUAAAUUAAAUCCCUCGCUUCAUAGAAGAAAUAAAUCAGAAUCGGAUGUAAUGUGGAAUACUACAUCAGCUAAUGCUCAACGAAAAGUUGCAAACUCUACAUUCUAUUAUAUGCAAAAUGAUGAAAGCCUUUUAGAUCCUAAGAAACAAUUGAUUGAAACCUUUUUUGACAUAACUGGAGAUGUAUACAAGAAAGAAGUUAAUGAUGAUAAGGCGCUAGAAAAACAUUUUGUGUCUAUUAUGGAAACGUGUAUGUAUUAUUCAUUUGAUCCAAAUAGUUUUCAUUGUGAUUCUCUCAGAACAGCAGUUAGUUCAAUUAUUGGUAGCUUAUUGUCAAAAUUAAUCUCUAGCAAUAUUGCUGAUCCUGACUUUAUAAAUCUACAAAUUGCUAAAAUAUUCAUGAACAAUACACCUCCAUCCGAUUGGUUAAUCAAAACAAUCAGGCAAUCAAAUGAUUUAUCUGAACUGCUUUCCGUACGACAUUUAAUUACUCGUGAAAUGGAUUUGAAAUAUAAAGAUAAGAACUGUGUUGGUGAGAUUUCAUCACUCUCUUUCACACAAAAGAUUAUUGAUUUACGAAUAACAAGCCUUCAAAAUAAUAAGGAUAGAACUUCAAUUGAUAGAUCUUCAUUAAAGCUCACUCGCUUAACACUUGAUGAAAUUUUAUCAAAAGACAUUGCACUUAGCUAUUAUUUAGAUUAUCUCCAAGUUAUGAAUCUUCAAAAAUAUGUAAUAUUCUAUUGCUUGGCUCAAGAUUGGAAGCAAAUAGUAGUUGAGAAGAUUAGUCAGUCCUCAAAUGAUGGAACUCUAGAAGAAAAAUUUUCAAAAGAUUUACGCGACAGAGCUUUUGAGCUUUUUAAAGAAUUUCUGGUGAAAUCAUCAUCAAACUUUUUACAAAUUGAUCAGGGAUUAAUUGAAGUUUUGCAUAUCAAAAUUAAAGACACUUACUUGAAUCCUGAUCCAUCAUGGUUUGAUUCAAUCUUAAAGUUUCUCUACGAAAAGUUAAAAAAUGAGCACGUUUUCCUUCAAAAUUUUUACGAAUCACCAGCAUACAAAAAACUACUUGCUGAGCUGGAAGAUAAUGAAUCAGACAUCCCAGAUAUUAAAUUUAAUUCAAAUCAAGCAGAAUCUGGCAGUGACAGUAACUCGGGAGAUUACUUAAUUGAUGAAUUAGAUUUAUUGGAAGAUGAUUUCAAUGAAGGAAAUUCAUUAGGAAUCACUGUUCAUCGUCAUCAACGAUCGCAUAGUGAUACAGGCGUUCUUUUGGAUAGACAAAAAAUUCAAAACAGCAACGAAUUAAAUGAAAGAAAAUUGGCAGCAAAAAUCAUUAAUACUGCAAUUAAUAGCGAUGGAAAAUUUGCUGUGUACGCAAUCAAUGUUGUAACGAACGAAACAACCAAAGAUGGACUAAAGCAGCAAAAAAGUUGGCAUGUCUACAGAAGAUACAAGAAAUUCCUAGAGCUUAAAAAUCUUCUUGUUCGUCAAUUUCAAUAUUUUAAAAAUAUUUCACUUCCAUUUCCGAAAAAGCAAACUUUUCACAACACCAGUCGUGAUCUUUUAGAACGUCGAAUGGUUAUUUUAAACGAAUUCCUUAGUAUUGUCUGUAAUCGAGCUGAAACUGAUACUUUAGUUCUAGCAAUUGUUUUUGAGUUUUUGGAACCUGACAACGACGAUCGACAGAUUCAUGGAACAAAAGUUGUAAAGCAUUUUGUAAAUCCAAUCAAGUCUGGAAUGAAGACAAUUAAAAGUGUUCCAGAUAAUGUUAUUGGAGGUCUUUCAAAAAUAUUUGUUGCGAAAAAUUCUGAAAAGUUUGAAAUUAGUGAUAUGAUGGAUACCAAUACUGCUGACUUUCCGACAUUAGCAUCAUUCGUGAAUUUUCUUGAUUCUAUAUUUGACCUCGAUGCACGAUCUCAAUGGUUAAAACGUGGAAUUCAAAGAAUUAUCUUGGCUCCUUUUGUCAGUCAAUCGACUAAUAGGAAAAUUAAGGAAAUUGUGCAGAAAAAUAUUCUUGAUCCAAGCGUAAUACACAAUGUUCUAUGUGGAGUUUUGAAUAACACAUGGCCAAAUGGAGUCUUUCAAGAAUCAAUACCACGUGAGGAUGUUAUCAAGCUAAGAACUAGAAUGGCAGCUAAAAUAGCAAUUUUCGCUUUCUUCACCGAUGACUUAAAGCAUAUAUUAGGUUCUGAGACUACUAAGCUUGGUUUAUUAAACUUUUAUGAGAUGCUACAGCAUCAAACGCUUAAUAAACGACUUAUUUUAAUUUUGUUAGACCGUAUCUUGACUGCAGCAUUGCCAACAGAUAAUUUGACGAAACAUGUCAUAAAAAAAUAG